UUGGACCAAAGAUAACUAAACUUCCAGUUCCAGGACAGCAACUUGUGUUUUGUACUUUUUGCUCAAUUCACUUCACUUUCUCAGUUGAAUUAUUGGCAGUGGGGCAAUGGAGGACAAGACCAAGGUUGUGUUGUUAAGUUCAGGGUUCAGUAUGUUUGGGAUGAGAGCUAAGAUAGCUUUGGCAGAGAAAGGAAUCAAAUAUGAGUACAUGGAGGAGGAUCUUAGCAACAAGAGCACCUUGCUUCAAGAAAUGAACCCAAUUCACAAGAAGAUCCCAGUGCUCAUACAUCUUGGGAGACCCAUCUGUGAGUCCCUCAUAAUUGUUGAGUAUAUUGACAUGGUUUGGUACAACAAUGCUCCUUUGCUUCCCUCUGAUCCCUAUCAGAAAGCUCAAUCCAGGUUCUGGGCUGAUUUUGUAGAUCAGAAGGUUUAUCAUGCUUCUAGGAGAGUAUGGACUUCAAAGGGUGAUGAGCAAAAGUUGGCAAAGAAGGAUUUCCUAGAGAGCUUAAAGCAAUUGGAGGAAUUUCUUGGAGACAAGCCUUAUUUUGGCGGUGACACAUUUGGGUUUGUUGAUGUUGCUCUCAUCCCUUUCUACUGCUGGUUUUAUACUUAUGAGACCUUUGGCAACUUCAAAGUGGAGGCAGUGUGUCCAAAACUUAUCGCAUGGACCAAGAGAUGCAUGCAAAAGGAAAGUGUAUCUGAAACUCUUGCAGAUCAGAAGGAAGUUUAUGAGUCUGUUUUGGAUUAUAAGAGAAAGUUUAUAUUAGACUAAGGGGACUCUGUGAACACAUGUAUCAAAGAUUCAAAAUGUAGUAAAUUAGCACUAGUUAAGUCACAAGUGAAUUUGAAUGAAAUGCAAUCAAACAUAAAAUUUGAAUUAGGCCUACAAUUUGCAUUGGACACUAAGGCGUGUGAACAAUA